UCUUGUUGUUAAGCUCUACAUAAAUAUUGCGUCUUUAUUAAAAUUUAGUCUAUUAAUCUGCAAAAAAUAAGACAAAACAAUGGAUGCUCCAAUUGAUUCUGAGAAAGAAGAGAAAUUGAAGUCUCUUUUGGGUCAGCUUGAAGUAGAAUGUGGCAUUUUCGAAAGAAUUAUUUACAAGAAUAAGAACCAGCACAGAAGGUCAUCAUAUUUUCAGAAUCUUUUGAAGGUAAGGAGAGACUUGAGACUAUUGAAAUCUGUUAAUUUGGAGGAACUACUGACUUCCUGCUUUCUAGUUAUCACUGUAAUGAGACCUAGACAAAAGGUGCAGCUUUUGGAAAGUUUGAAGAGGAGAAAAUAUGAUGUUGGAAAACCUAAUUUUAUGGAGCGGCUUUUGGGGGCAGCACGGUUACUAUCACAGAUUGUUGAGCCAAUGUUGAGGGCAACAACUCAGGUAUCUACUCUGGUAGCUCGCUCGUUUUUUAUGGGAUUUUCUCUGACUGUUUUAUCUCUCCUCGCACGACUUAGAGUUUUGGUUCAACAAAUAUUACUCGACAUCGUCCCAGUAUUCAACAUUGUCUCUUCUCUCUCCCAAAUGAAGCAUUUCGUGAAAUUAAAUCAUCAAGGAAUUGAGGCAUUUAGAGAGUUUUAUCCGAAAAAAGAGGACUAUGUCACCCUAGAGUGUGUCUGGAACACGGAUAAGUUUAUAUUGGUUGAGAGGACGAAUACAUGUGAGAUUGAAAUGCAAGAAGGGGACAAUGAUGGAGAAUUUUGAGUAGGAGGUAAUGAAGUGCGAUACAAGACAAUCGAGUCAGUUCUUGGAGAUGAACCAACUGCUGAGAAUGCUGAUACUGAAAUAUCACCCCAGAUGAAUGAGACUACAACUGACUUAAUCAUAGAUCAUGACGACGAGGACACAAAUCAGGUUGAAAAGUUUGCUGAAAAAGUAGACAACACCGUUAUUACUGAAAACACUGGGGAGAAGAAUGUCUCCCAAGCUAACUCGCUGGCAGACACCGGUACUUCUGCUGACUCGAGUUUAAAAUUGGGCUCUAAUGCGAGGGAAGUGGCAUUCAUAACUGUGAAAAGGCCAGCGUCUUCAACAGGAAAUCCAACUGAUGUACCUUCAAAAGAAACCAGAAGUAAUGGAGGUGAUAAGACCGAUGCAUUCUAUAGCUUGCUCACCGGCGGAAACCUC